UCAUUUUGGUAGAAAAAAAAGCGUUGGACAGGCUUGGUGACUCGCUCGCGGAAACAAAAAGCAACCACACACAAAAGCUAGCUUGCCAAGACCACUCAAGGAAAAAAAACGCCAAUGUGGAAGCGCCGCAGCACCGCGGAGGGCGACUCGACCAGCGAGAUUGGCGAGGACGAGCUCUACAUGGACUUGCGAGAUGCCGAAACAUUGUUGAAUAGCCUCUCAUUAGAAGAUCAGCAGGCACUGAUCAGUACGCUGGACAAGUCCGACGAAGCGGAACAAUCAGAGUUUGAUGAACUGUUGGACUGGCUAACGGAUGUCGGAUAUCCCGACCUUGUGGAAGUCCUUCGAGCCGGACAUGUGGUCGAAGACGCUCGCAUCCUCGCACUCAAAGAUCGCCUCACUGCAACGCAGUUUGACGCGUUGAGACGACGAGUGCUGCAACUCAACACAAUUAUCGCUCGUCGAUCGCGUCAUUCCACAUCUCGACCGGGGUCGGCCUACUCGGACUCGAGCGCACCUGCGUCUGGAAAGUCCAGCCGCUCGCAGUCGGUGAAUUCAACCAUGCUAGAGACGCUUGGGGGCGGCCAGGACCGCGAGCGGAUCUUGUCCGCGCUUGCCAACAUUGCCGCAUCGCGAGACAACAGCAAUCGGCCACUCAGUGUUGGCGACGGCCCCAGCAGUCGGAGAUCCGUGUCGUCGGAAAUUGGCCAAAACACGAGCGCAUCGCCUGGCUCAAUGUCCUCCUCUUCUUCCAUUCUUAGCCUCACUGUGCCAGCCAGCACCGGCAGCAACAACAGCGGCAGCGGCGCUAGCGGCCAUGGCAAACACAUUCGAAACAGCAGUAGCAGUCACGACGUGAAGGGACUUGCGGUUCCUGCAGCCGACUCUGUUUCGUUGGCUUCUUCCGAUUCGCCCGAGCACCAGUCCUCAGAGUCUGUCAACGCAGUGCCGGAAAUGGAAGGUCCUGCAGCAUUUACAAAACACACGCUUCGGCGCACACCAACAGUAGACGCGGCUAUUAGUGAGCAAAAGCUUCUCCCGAAAGACUUGUCGGAAUUGACCAACGAGCAACUCAUCAAGGCUCGCCCAGUCGCUCUGCUCCAACUCACCGAAAUCAUGGAGCGCCACGUUGGUACCAUGCCGAUCCGAAGCAAGGCUUCGCACUCAAAGCACGCACGAUCAACCUUCCGCGCAGCCUUUGCGCAAGCGACGGCUGCCGUUGUCAACGGGCGCCGUGACUCGCAACCUGCGCAGUGCGUUUUUGGCAUUCCUCUCGACACGGUCCUCGACAAGGAAAAAUCCAAGGUUGAGCGCGACAAGAAUGAUUACCGAAUCGCGCCCAUCUUCCUGGUGCGAACGUUUGAGUAUCUCAUGGACAUGGCAAUGACCUCGGAAGGCUUGUUCCGCAAGGCCGGGUCGGCCAAUCGCAUCCGUAUUCUCCGCGAUCACUGCGAAGCUUCUCGUGGCGAUGUGGACUUGUACGAGCUGGAGGCUGUGCACCCCAACGACGUGGCUGCCAUUCUCAAACAGUUCUUGCGCGAGCUGCCCGAGCCUCUAUUGACGGAAAAGUUUUCCGACACGUUUAUUGCGACGCAAGCUCUUCGGGACAAGCAACUGCGAAUCGAAUCGCUGCAAUUACUCAUGCUCCUAUUACCAAAUUCACACACCGCCGUGCUUCGCCUUAUCCUGCCCUUCCUUGCUCACGUCGCAACGUUUUCCGAGACAAACAAGAUGAAUACAUCCAACUUGGCGCUUAUUUUUGCUCCGAACGUCUUCCGGGCUCAAAAGCCCAAGGAGCAUCUUGGCAAGGAGCGAGAGUUGCAAGUGGCCACUGCCGCCGCAUUCCGUUGCAUGAUUGAAAAUCACGAGCAACUCUUUACGGUUUCUGCAAGCAUUUUGACGCAAGUCGAGUUUCUCGACCAACAGCAAAAGCUGUCGCCUGCCGUGCCCGCCCAGAAAGAGAAAAAGUACCGAACCUUGAAUCUCUUUAGCAAAAGCGGCACCCAAUCCAAGCGGAAAGACCUCGUCAAGUGGCUGACAUCUAGUUUUGAGGGAAACUCGUCGGACAGCACAUCAUCAUCCAACAAUGAUCUCCCGAGCUUCCAGUCUGUUUCGACCGUGACGCCUCAUGCAGGCACGCCCUACGUGCUGUCAUCAUCCAAAGAUGUCAAAAAACUGGAUGGAAUUGAAGAUGAUUCCGUUGUCAUUAUGCGAGUGGAAAUGCCGCCCAACUCUCUCUCCGUCGUCCACCGCAAGGCCGUCGUUGUGUACGAAAAGACACUUGCGCUUGAUCUCAUCAAUUCGCUCGUGGCUGAAACCGCCAAGAAGUCGGAAGUGACUGCUCUGCACAUGAAGGAGUCUGAAAGUUCGACCCGUUUAGUCAAUUUCAAUGAGAAUGUCUUUGAGCUCGUCAAGAAGCACCCAAACGCCACGUUCGCUCUGCGCCACACGGCUGCUUAAAAGGAUGCCUAUAUUUUUUGUUUCGUUUUUUCUUGUUGUUUGUUUGUUUGUUUGUUUGUUUGU